UCAGCUCAGCUGGUGUGCAUUCUGGACCAACAUCAUCGCUUUACUCCUGCUGCCAGAAGCGACUGCUGGCGGCCGGGGAGCACGUCUGGACUCAUGUGAACCGGGCCUCCCCGAACCGCACGGACCCGACCCGCUGCCCCCCCGUGAGUUAGCCGUGCUGCUCGGCUAGCGGAGAACCGAGCCGCUAUCGGCGGCAGCGAUGUGAGGGAUGCAGCUGAAGUGUCGUCCGGCCUGGCGAAGAUGACGGGCCGCCCGAGCCUGCAGGGCGACGCUCCUCCGUCAGCGGGAGGCGCAACAUGGACGCCAAGGACGAGUGGACGGAACACAAGCCUGCUGGCCGACCCGUGAACCCGAAGGUGCUUUGCAGACGCAAUGGGGGAAUCGGCUCUUGUCCUAAUCUAACGAUGAGUAGGAGCGAGCACACCAAUGCGAGGCAUGCCCCUGUGGCCCUCACCCCCCAGCUGCCUCUCAGAGCCCAUCGGCCCCUGUGUGCGUCGGUCUCCUCCGACAGCAGCGGCCGCUUCAAGGCUCUGGAGACUCAGGAGUGGAAGAACAACCUCAAAGCUCAGAUGGAGCUGGCCCACAGUGCCGGAGCUGCCAGCAGCACAGGCUCUCUAGAGCGAGCGUCUAUGUUCUGCGCCUCGGCCUCCGCCACGUUGUCCGGCUCCGGCCUGCCCAGCCCCGUGGAGAUCAUCAGCAAGAGUAAAUCCUCCAGCCGCUUCUCUCUCUUCUCUCCGCCGUGGAACAGCAGCUCCGAAUCGGACUCCAACCCCCCGUCCCGCUCCGGCUCCAAGAAGCUGCGCAACUACAGCAGGAGGGCUGCCACGGGGCCGGCCGGAGCCAGGGCCCCCGACGUGCUGGAGCCCAAGCGCGGCGGCCCCGAACACUUCCAGUACUUUGAGCCGGUCAUCUCCAAAGUGACGGACUACAUCUACGUGGGCAACCUGAACGCGGCGUACAACGGGCGCACGCUGUGUCGCAACAACAUCGACAGCAUCAUUGACAUGAGCAGCGUUCCCGGCGAACAAGCCUCCUCCCUCAGCCUCAUCCCCUGCACCUGCUCCCGCGGCUCCCGGCACAGCUGGUCCCGCCUCAAAGUGGACAUCGGAGACAUGCCGGACACUCCGGGUCAGCACCCGGCUCUCAAGCAGGGCUGCUUCGAGGACAUCAACGAGUGCAUCAACGCGUCCACGGAGAAGAGGAAGCGCGUCCUGGUCCACUGCCGGGACGGUUUCUCCCUGGCGCCGACGUGCAUCAUACAGUACCUGAUGGUGAAGCAGAACAUGAGACUGAUCGCGGCGUACGAGCUGCUGAGGGCCAAGUACCCGGUCAACAUCAAAGAGUGUCACCAGAACGUUCUAGUGAGCCUGGAGCGAGCUCUGUGGCCUGGGGGGGAAGUUGACCCCGAGUGCUUCAAGCAGGCCCUCUCCCGCAAAGUGGCCUGGACAUGAUGCAUCCGACAGUCCCUUCUUUGUUCCUUCCUUGGUUUCUGACAGUUUCCACUAGAACAACAAUGGGCAGCUCUCCUUGUCCCUCUGGAUGUCACUGGAUCUUCUUCUAAUUCCUUCUGUAACUAUAAAUCGUUUCUUUUCCAGAUCUUUAAAUGGAACCUGGUUGGGAUUUUCUUCUCCAUCUUCCCUGGACAGGACGUACCAUCGUACCACAGCUCUUUGAUUUGACCGUCUUGUUAUUUGUGGCCGUAACGGUGGAUUUGCUUUCCCUGUCAAAGUUCUGUGUCAUGCUUUGUGUGCUGUUUUUCUAUAUCAGGGCAAAGGUUCAGUGGGCUAUCUCAGGAGACUGCUGAUGUCAAAGUGAUAAAGCUGUUCUUUAGCGCCGCUCGCCAGUAGAGGGAAGCUGCCUCCGAAUGUCGAGGCCAGGUUUACACGUCGAUCUUGGCCGAGUUGGACUGAGAAUCUAAGUGGAGAGAUACGUUCCAAAGAGCAAAAACCAAGGCGAGGGAGAUGUUGAAUUCUUUUCAGGCAUCAAAAACAUCAAAGCAGAUAAAUGUCAGGCACACCGAGCAUGCCGAGGGUUGACGCGCGCAAGUUAUUUAUCGUCUGGAUCAGUGGUUCCCAACCGUUUCCCAGUGACCUGGUUCACAUUCUGAUUGUUGUAGUUCUGUGCUGUAGGAGCAUUUUCAGAACCACUGAUAAAAACGUCUCCGCUCCUGUGAGCCAUAAUUACUGUCUGACUACAUUUAGCCAGUCAUGUUCUAUUUAAUCUAUUUUCUAGCUUGACACAAAGACCCGAAGGUGCAAAGAAGUUUCCAUCUAACCAAGUCUUAGCAAGAAUCAAGAAGAAUCAGAAUAUUUUAUUUGUUACUGAGGCGAAAUUUUUCUUUGGCUACUCCGGUUCACAUUACAGUUGACAUUACACAUAACACGGGCAAAAAAAACCCUGACAAACAAACAUGCAAUGAAUGAGGGUUACUUUUUAUUUUUAUUUUUUUAGCGUUCAGGAAUGUCACAGAUCAAGAUAAUGAGGUAGAUAUGCUAGGCAUGAGCAUAUUAUGUUAGGCUAUUAAUCUUCUUUUUAAGAAGUUCUACUUAGAAUAAGGGCCGUAGUCUGCCAGUGCUAUAAAACAUUUGCAUUUGGUAAGAGUUGUUGAAAUCAUGAUACAUAUUCUCAAAACAAGAAAUCCUGCUUAGCAUAUAAAUCUCAAAACAAGAUGAAAAAGACUUUGGCCAGAUCUAAGACGGUAAGACCUGGCUAGAUGGACAUUUUUUGCAGUUGUGUUUAUUGAUCUCAUUUAAAUGAUACGAGUCGGACCCGGCUACAUAGAAGAUGUUCCUAUGCUUUAGUUCCAAUCAGUUCCUUCUACUGUAGCGCAGUAGAGCGGCGCUGCACAUCGGCUGGUCCCUCGGGUCCUUAGCCAUGUGGAAAACCUUUUUAGCUGGCUGUGGCUCCUGCUGAGACCAGAUACAAGUCUUCAGCUGGCAGGUCUAUUUCUGACUACUUUAAACUGAGAAACAUGAUCUUAUCAACCUUUUUUAUCGAGCUCCUAUUUAUCCCUUUGAUUUUGUUGCCUACAUUUGACAUGUGCUGCUAAAUAGUUUUUAUGAGCCAUUUCUACGUGGGGUUUACGGAGACCUCCUGACAUGUGACAGUGGUUCUCGUUUGGAAUGAGACCGUUGAGAAGUGCUAACCCAGCUUCUGUCUGCAAGGCAUUCGGUGAAAUAAAAGACUUUCUGAGCUUUUAAAAUAAUUUUUGGGUUUCAGGCAUAAAGACGUUUUGUCGGCAGGGAAAGGAAAUGUCUACACAUGUGGACACAAUGCUAAAGUUAGUACAUGCUUAGCUUCACUAAGGCACCUUUUCACAGUUUUUAAGAUCAGCCACACCUUGAUUUUUGCUCAUAAUAACAUGCUUUAAUCUAAUCACACUUUAUUCAGCAAUUACAAACUUUACUUCAAUAAUCUUGGCUUAAUCUUAGAUAAUCUGUGGAUACCAAAUUAGCUAUGUUUAACAAAAGGGAAUUUACAGUAGUGAACCCAGAAGAAAAGAAGGUUCCGGGGCAGAGCUGGGGCUGCUGGGCUUAAGAGGUUAAGGCAUUUGGACUGCAUCUGAUCAUGUUUAGAGGUGCAUCGCAAUAAAUUCUAAGAAUAAUUUAGAUCACUACGUUGACUACAAAGAGUCACAAUUUUAUAGUUUAUUACACACGGAUAUAAAUAUGUUUGAGGACUUAAUCUUUGUUUUUCAUCCCUGGUUUUUGAAGAGGAAGUCUUUUAACUAAAAUAUGCACGGACCAGGGAGCCAUGUCUUAUGGCGUUGUUGCUCCAGUGGUUUCUCAGAUCCAAAUUCAGCCCAGCCAGGACGUUUGGAGCAAUGCACACUUCCCUCCGCUUACAAACUUUAUGAAGAUGCUGAUUCCAUUUCCCUGGAUUUGUUGCUCCCAAGACCUGGUGUUGGAUAAUUUAAAGUGGAUGGAUGGAUGGAGUGCAUAUAAUAUACAGAACAUGGUCAUGCUUCUGCGCAGAGCCACAUUGACCUGAUCGAUAUUAACAUUUUCUGAAAAAGAGGACUUUGGGCCGGCCGGUAGCUGUAGUCACGCUGUAUAAUGAAUCUGUACAAUAUGAGUUUCACUUUUUAAGUGGAAUUGCUAAAAUAAUAAUCUUAGAAUAAUCUGAACACCCCCUGUGUCCUUAGACCCCUCACCACGCUGGUGCUGACACGCAUGCUGGUUGGUCCUGGUGCUAGUAGACCAGCCGAAGGCAGGGACGAGUCAGGCCUGGCAGUAAAGUCCCGUCCCGAAGGGUUGGAUCCCAGCUCCACGCUUCAAAUGAACACGGUAGUUAUGCCAACCAGAGAGCCGUCGGCAGAGCAACCAGCAGGUCCGCUGAUGUAGCGUUCAUACGUUCAGUCAAUGAAACAUCAUUAUUCAGACCUCCACACGUUCGCUGGGUUGUUUUAGUUAUUGCAAUUACAAGGCUCACCUGUCUGGUUCCGACGAGACGGUACCAGUGCCUCUGCAGCCAGUUCACGGUCCGGAGCGGCUCUGGGUCCGUGGCUCUGUUUUCACACAGAAGCUGCUUGAUGCAUUUUUGUCCAGUAUUCCUUUAAUGUCAAAAAGCUGCGAUUAACCUUUACUUUUACCUAACAAUAUACUGGUUCAGCUCUAGUCAUGGGCUCAAAAGUAUGUCCUAACUCCUUAUUUUGAUGUUUUGUUAUAUUUAUGCCAAUAUUCCCAUCUGUCAUCUUAAAGUACCCUAACCAGGUUGAGGCAAUGAAUCAGCAGUCGUGACUCGCUGCUGUUUGGUCACCUGCAUUCAUGGUAAAAUAGCUUUUGCCCUUUUAAGUUGUCUUUUUCCUGCAUUUAUUGUUAUUGCGAUGCACCUUGUUCACAAAUGGUUCUAUUUUGACUCUGUGUUUGAUGAAUGAAGGAGAGGUGCGGAUAAUCUAAACUUUGCUUUGUGGUCAUGAGCCCUUGAGGACAAUCAGGUAAUUUUAGAACCCGUUCAAGACCGCGCCAUUCAUGCUUUAAACGUCAGAGCUGAAAGCGGGUGCACUCUUUUUAGCAAGGCUGUAACUAAAUCAGAAACAGAGUUGUUCUCCAUUCUGCUUGCAAUCCAGCUAAAACAUUAACCGGGAGGGAAAACAAACUCUGAUCACAGGUUUUAUCGCAUUUAGUACCAGAAAAUCUACUAAGGUUGGUAUCAUGCAUCCAAACCAGCCUUUCCACUGUUGUUAAAGCAAUGGGGUCAGGUCUUUUUAAACUGAAAUCUACACUACGGCGUACGAAGUAAUGGUGUAAAAAAAAAAAAAAAAAGUUCCGUUAAGCAGGUGAAGAAGUAACGUAGGAGUUUUGUUUCCCACCUGAGCCGUAGAUGUGCAGCUCCUCCACAGCGUCCCUGAGCCUCUUUGCUGCUUCUCUGAUCGCCUGGAGUUUGGGUUUAGUUGAUCGGCGUGGUCUUGGCGGGUUUCCCGUUGUGCGUAGGCUCCUUACGUUUUCUGAUGAUGUCGGGGAGGGGGGGGGGGGGUUGGGGGUUAAAGCUUGCCGUACUGUUUUAUAAGCCACACGUCUCCACUGAGUGAUCUCUCACCUCUGCUAUGUUUUCACUUCAUUGUUUGUGCACUAAAAUUCUCACAGAUAUGGGACUCACCUCCUGUUUUAAAGUGAGCCAUCACUCCAAAAAAUGCUUUUCUUAUUGCCUUGAGGAAAAACAAACAAGAAACAAUGGAAGGCUGAUUAUAGUUUAUUAAUGUUUCAUACUUGCAAUAUUUAUUGGUGUUCUGGUUCUAAACUUCAAGGAUUUUUGUCAUUUCAAAAUAGGUAGGUAGAUGUCGUAGUUCUGCUGCAGCUCAUUUUGGAAGUGGAUAUUUUGACCCGGCUGAAAUAAAACUAGUCGUAGCUGAGGUAUCUUUCAUCACCCCAAUCUUUAAACUAUACCUCUAUAAUAACACCAAUUCAGUACUUUUAAUUAGCUUGGGACACUCUUAUUUGUACAGCCUUAAGUGAAAUGCAAUUUUUAGCAAUCAGCAAGGCUAACUUGCAUCAUCAAAUGUCCAGUUUGGUCUGAAAAUUAUGCAUCUUUUCAUGUUUGGAUAACUGGAGCUGAUUUCUUUUUCUUUUUUUUGUAAUAUUGUGUUUAAAUGUUGGAUUUUGUCUUUAGUAGGAAACUGAACCAUAACAGCUACGUCUCACAUGAAGGUAUGAUAUAUAGAUAUAUAUUUUAAACCGCAUUUGCUUGAGUGAUAAUAUUUAGUAUUUGCUAUACUUGGUCGCUGUCAGAUAGAAUCACUUUAUAAGCACAUUUGUCAUGUGAAAGGUGCGGUAUGACUGGAAGUAUGGUGCCUUCAUUCAGCGUCGUUUCGUACCCAUGUUGGUGACAUUUGCACAAUUUGUAUGAAUUUAACCUCUUGAUAUGUUGUACAGAAACAGUAAAUAUUUCUGGAUGUUUUAUUUUGAUCAAAGGUGUGCAUGUGGCGUUUGAGUGAUGUGGUUUUUUUCCCCCCCAUUCCGGUCGGUGGUUGUAAAAGCCUUCUUGUAAAUGAUCCACAUCAGUCAAAUGCUAAUUUGUUCUCUCAGGUGAUUUCAUAUUGGCCCACGAUGUUUUCAAUGAAUAUACCGUUUAAAAAUGUGAAGCAAUGCAUUUCUCAUCUUGGUUUUCUUAAGUUGAUUUUAAUGUGUCUUGUUAAAAACAUUAAAAAGCUGUUGUACUCUUU